AUGCUCGGUCAGAACGCCACGUUCAGCUUGUACAGCGCACCGCAGCAAUCGCCGAUGCGCGGUUUCAUCCCGCCGCCUGCCAGGCAGUUGCGCACGCUGCAUGGCGUGGUCACCGGCUUCAAACGCCUGUCCGGUUCCGUUGAUGAAGCCCGCUACGAAAUCACCCUGGAACCCCACUUUGCCCUGCUGGGGCGAGGCCAGCAGUUCCGCAUCUACCAACACCAAUCCGUCCCGCAGAUCGUCGAAAGCAUCCUGCGCAACCGCCACGACUUUGAAGGCCAGGACUUCUUCUUCAACCUGGUGCGCGACUACCCCAAGCGCGACCAGGUCAUGCAGUACGGCGAGAGCGAUCUGGCCUUCAUCACCCGCCUGUUGGCCGAUGUGGGCAUCUGGUACCGCUUCACCCGCGAUGAACGCCUGAACAUCGAGGUGGUGGAAUUCCACGACGACCAACGCCACUACCAAUUCAAUGUCGAGCUUGCCUACCGCCCACAAUCCGGGCUCAGCAGCACCGGGCAAGACGGCGUGUGGAACCUGCAAUCCAGCCAUCAGGUGGUGGAACAGCACGUCAAUAUCCGCACCUACCACCACCGCGUGGCCCACGCCCACCUGAACGGGGAAAUCGACCAAACCCGUGGCGCCACCACCACCUACGGCGAGGCCUAUCACUACGCCGAACCUUACACAGUCAUGGGCGACCGCUACGCCUUCGACGAAGACCUGCAAAGCGAAAGCGGCUAUUUCUACGCGCGUUUGCGCCACGAGCGUUACCUCAAUGGCCAGACCCAACUCAGCGGCGACAGCAGCAGCGCCACCCUGGCUCCUGCGCAGGUACUCAAAAUCUCCGGCGGCGCGCCACAGGCCUUUGCUCCCGGCGCGGUGAUUACGCAACUGACCACCCGGGCCGCCCGCGACCGCAGUUUCGAUGUCAGCUUUAAGGCCAUUCCCUACUCGGAAACCGUGUGCUUCCGCCCGGAUCUCAAGAAAAAACCGCAAAUCGCCGGCACCGUCCCGGCCCGUGUCACCAGCCGGCAGGCCAACGACCCGUACGCCGAAAUCGACCUGGAAGGGCGCUACCGGGUGAACUUCCUGUUCGACCGCGACACCUGGAAGCCCGGCCAGGAAAGUAUGUGGUUGCGCCUGGCCCGCCCGUACGCUGGCGACACCCACGGCCUGCACCUGCCGCUGAUAGCGGGCACCGAAGUGGCUAUCGCGUUUGAGCAAGGCGACCCGGACCGGCCCUACAUCGCCCAUGCCUUGCACGAUAGCCGGCGCGAGGACCAUGUGACCUUGCGCAACUACAAACGCAACGUACUGCGCACACCGGCCAACAACAAACUGCGCAUGGACGACACGCGGGGGCAGGAGCACGUCAAGCUCAGUACGGAAUACGGUGGGAAAAGUCAGCUGAACCUUGGGCAUUUGGUGGAUGCCGAGCGCAAACCACGAGGUCAGGGCGCCGAGUUGCGCACCGAUGGGCAUGCCGCUAUUCGUGCUGGCAGCGGCAUCUUCAUCAGUGCUGACGUACAGCCCAAAGCUCAGGGACAAAUGCUUGAAAUGAGCGCGGCGCUGGCUCGGUUGCAGCAGGCGGGCGAUCAGUUGAAAGAGUUGUCGGUGGAUGCUCAGGCCGCCAAUGCCGACCCAGCGGAUGUGCAGGCGCAAAUCAAUCUGCUCAAGCAAGGUCUUGAGCAACUCCAGUCAUCAGUAUUACUGCUCAGCGCUCCCGACGGUAUCGCCGCCACCAGCGGUAAACACCUGCAAUUGGCCGCGCAAAAUAACCUGAUGAUCAACGCCGGGGCCGAGGCGGAUAUCAGCGUGGUCAAGCGCUUGUUCAUUGGCGUGGGGCAGGGGGUAAGUCUGUUUGUGCGCAAGUUGGGCAUCAAGCUGAUUGCCAAUCAGGGAGCGAUCAGCAUCCAGGCGCAAAACGACAGGUUGGAACUGAUGGCUCGGCAUGGUCUGGAUAUCACCAGCACCGAAGAUGAAAUCCGCAUUACGGCCAAAAAGAAAAUCACCCUCAACGUUGAUGGCACGUACAUCACCCUGGACACGAGCAGUAUCGAGUCGGGGACGAAAGACAGUUACGUCAUCAAAUCGCCGAAUUUCGACUAUGUGCCGGUCGCCGGACAGCAAGGGGGGCUGCUGCCACAGUUUCCUCCGUUGGUGGAGCAUAAAACCGAAUCCUUGAACCGCGAGAAUUUCUCCGGU